AUGGGACAUAACCUGGUCCAAGUUGUGUUGACCUUGGCGGCCGUCAGCGCUUUAUCAAUCCCCCUCAGACCGUCUGCUGAGCCAAUGACUUUGCCCGCGGUCUUUGAGCGCUCAGAGCCAAGUGAAGGAUGCCUCCUGAAGCGCUCCGAAUUUAAAGAACAUAAUAAUACAGCAGGCGGACUCCAAGCCAGCUGCCUCCAAUAUCAGAAACAGAUUAACGAAGCCUUCACGAAAUGUUCUGAGAGGGCUGAGAACGUCAUCAACGCCCUGGAGAGCAAAGACUUUCCCUCCAAGGACAAAACUGUCCAGGAAACCGGCCAGCCAAAACAAGACGGCAAGGAAACCCUGCAGAGGUUGCUGGAAGAUUGGUUUGAUGUCGGGAUAAACGACACGGAGAGAAUCACAGAAAUAAAGAAGGAAUAUAAAAGUAUUAAGGAAGAAUGUGAUAAAAAGGAAAAGACUCGUUUCGGUAUCUAUUGUGAGGACUGCCCGGAAAAUAUCCUCGGACAAGCAUAUGGAGGUACAGGCCCGAUUCGUCUCUGCAAGCUAGCCCUCGAGAGAGACAGAAGAUCAACAAAUAUUCGUGAUGUAGACCUUGGCGGCACACUCAUGCACGAGAUGUCCCAUGCUAUCAGCAAUACGAACGAUACAGGGUAUGGCGUGACGAAGUGUAAGAAUCUUAAGACAAGGGCUGCCAUACAGAAUGCGGAGAGUUAUAUGUUCGGUGCUCUGGCUGCCACCUUGGGGGAUAAUACUGGUCCAAGCGGUGAGGGAGGAUAA